GCGCCCCGGCGCUAGGACCCAGCAGCAGCAGGGCUUGCUACACCUGUGCCGAGGGCGGCGAAGUUCCCCACUGCCUCGCCUGAGGUCCGCUGCAGGUUUGGAAGAAGAUGGUGAGAUGCCACAGAUUAACGAAAGCUUUGAGAAGAGUGCACCUUUGAUGAAGGAGUAACUGCUGGACAUCAGCCGUGAUGAGGCUCCUCCGAAGGAAUUAUGGCCCACUAAAGCUAGCUUUGGUGGGUGUUGUCUUUGUAAUCUUCCUCUUCAUAAUGCAAAGAGACGUGGGCAGUGGGGAACAAAAGGAGGAGCCAUGGCUGAAAAAUAUUGUGGACAGAAAAGACCAAAUGAUAGACAUAAUGAUGGGAGCUGUCAACAAUAUCCGUGACUCUAUGCCAAAGCUGCAGAUCCGGGCACCUGCUCAACAAGAGGCACCUGUGCAGGACAGCAAGUCUUGCUUGCCAGGCUAUUAUACUCCAGCAGAACUGAAGCCUUUCAUGGAGCGUCCACCACAGGACCCCAAUAGCCCAGGUGCUGAUGGAAAAGCUUUCAAGAAGGACCAGUGGACCCAAGAAGAGACCAAGGAGAAAGAACGUGGAUAUGAGAAACAUUGUUUCAAUGCCUAUGCCAGUGACCGUAUUUCUCUCCAGAGGGCCCUGGGACCUGACAGUAGACCUCCAGAGUGCAUCGAUCAAAAGUUCAAACGCUGUCCACCCCUUCCGACCACCAGCGUCAUUAUUGUCUUUCAUAACGAAGCCUGGUCAACCUUGCUUCGCACUGUCUAUGGCGUGCUGUACUCUUCUCCAGCUAUAUUGCUAAAGGAAAUAAUUCUUGUAGACGAUGCCAGUACAGAUGACUACUUGAAAGACGAGCUGGACAAGUAUGUGAAGCAAUUGCAGGUUGUCAGGGUAGUCCGACAGCUGGAGAGGAAGGGCCUAAUAACUGCCCGAUUGCUUGGUGCCAGUGUUGCUACGGGAGAUGUACUCACUUUCUUGGAUGCUCAUUGUGAAUGUUUCCAUGGAUGGUUAGAGCCUCUCCUGUCACGCAUUGCUGAAGAGCCCACAGCUGUGGUCAGUCCAGAUAUCACCACCAUUGACCUGAAUACCUUUGAAUUUUCCAAGCCAAUCCAAUACGGGAAGCAGCACAGUAGGGGAAACUUCGAUUGGAGUCUCACUUUUGGCUGGGAGGCUAUACCUCAACAUGAGAAGCAGAGAAGAAAAGAUGAGACUUACCCAAUCAAGACUCCUACAUUUGCCGGUGGUCUCUUUGCCAUUUCCAAGUCCUAUUUUGAACACAUUGGCUCCUACGAUGAUCAGAUGGAAAUCUGGGGAGGGGAAAAUGUAGAAAUGUCUUUUCGGGUUUGGCAGUGUGGAGGCCAGCUAGAGAUCAUUCCCUGCUCAGUAGUUGGCCACGUGUUCCGUUCCAAGAGUCCACACACCUUCCCCAAAGGGACUCAAGUUAUUUCUAGGAAUCAAGUGCGCUUGGCAGAAGUCUGGAUGGAUGACUAUAAGGAGAUCUUCUACAGAAGGAACCAGCAGGCCUCUCAGAUGGCCAGAGAGAAAACAUAUGGAGACCUCACUGAGCGACUGCGGCUGAAGGAGAGGUUACACUGCAAAAAUUUCACUUGGUAUCUACGAACUGUUUAUCCUGAGAUCUUCAUUCCAGACCUAACUCCAGCUUUCUAUGGAGCAAUUAAAAAUGAGGGUGCCAAGCACUGCCUGGAUGUUGGAGAAAACAACCAUGGUGGAAAGCCAUUGAUCAUGUAUCCCUGUCAUGGGAUGGGAGGCAAUCAGUAUUUUGAAUACACAUCCCAGCGAGACCUGCGACACAACAUUGGCAAGCAGCUCUGCCUCCGAGCCAAGACUGGGCCUGUUGAGUUGGGAGACUGUCACUAUACGGGGAAACACUCCCAAGUGCCAGAAAAUGAAGAAUGGGAACUGACUCAUGAUCACCUGCUUAAAAAUGUGGCAAUUAACCGGUGUUUGUCUGCAAGAGGUGAACAUCCAUCCAUGGCUCCCUGCAACACUGCAGAUGCCCAUCAAAUCUGGUACUUCAGCUAAGGAGUCCAAGAAAGACUAAAGUAGCUCUGGAAGACAUCUCCUGUCAAAGCUCCCGUUCUUCUGAGCUCACUUUCUAGCAACAGGGGGUACAUUCAGGAAGAAGAGAGGGGGACCCAUUUGCUGCAUAACCCAACAUUUGCCUGUAACACUAUUGUGCCUUUUGUAAUAGGAAGGUCAAAACAG